GUCACUGUAACAAGCGAGGAUGAGUAUCCCUGGCCGCGGUUUCCCUGGAGACCGGAGCCCCCGGGGGUGAAGCUGCGGACCGGCCGGCGGGCAGAGGGAGCAGCAGCUGCGGCGGCGGCGGCGAGGCGAGCCCGGCCCUAGCUCGCAUGGACACUUGGUGCUUCAAUAUCAAAUCCAGGAGGUCGCUGCUGGUAUCCCCGGACGGUGGGAGACCAGGGCUUCCCACCUGGUACAAGGAGCCGACACACAGUUUCAUCCAACAGGACGCUCACAAGUGUAUCCUCGAUUUGGGAUCAGUGAUUCAUCGGCAAUACAUGAAGGCAUCUAGUACUGAUUGGGAACAGUCUGUGGAGGAUGCAAAGUCAGCAGUUUUAAUUUGGGCCUUGAAAGAGAAAACAGAGGCAGUGAAAAAUGCACUUCUUGUGGCUGAACAGCAAAAGAAUAAAGAGUUGGAAGCAUUAAAGAAUAAACAAAUCAUUGUGCUAAAGGAAGAAAUAAAAAAAACCGAGAUAAGGAUGCGGUGGGAAUAUCAGCAGGAAGCAAAAAAGCAACGAGAGGCUGCAGAGCAACACCUGGCACAUGAAAUCCAGCAGACACUUGAGAAAUGUGCAGCUGAAAAGGAAAAGGCCAUAUUUGAAACGAUACUGGAACAAACUGAUAUUGCAUCGCACAACCUUGAAGACGUAGUAUCCGUGUUAAAGAUAAAUGCAGUGAUUCAGCAGGAAGCUGUGGUGAAACAGUCUCUGAAGAAAAUGGAGGCGGAGUACGAAAUGAAAAUCAUCGAGGAAGUCGAGAGAGUCCACAAAGAAGAGAAGGUGGAGGCUGAGGCUCCCAUCAUCCUCUUACAAAGCAGGCACCAGUCUGAAAUAGACUAUCUGAAACAUUUGCUGUGUGAUAAAGAGGAGAGCCUCAAAGAGAUUUACGAGCGUGUGGAAACAAUGACCAUCUUGGAAAUGGAGCUGGAGAACGAGCUGCGGGAGACAAGAAGUGCUUUCCAGGACUAUAUUAACCUCACUUAUCCCAAACUACCUCCGGAACAAGUACAGUUUAUCCUUCCACCUCGGCGGAUGUGCCAUAACUCCCGCAACCCUCUGUGCAGCAUCAAACCCCACAAAGCUCAAAAGCGUCCACAAAAAUAGUAUGAAUACUUGAGAAUGAUUUCAAUGUGAUUAGCUCUGAAAUGUGGCAAUAAUUACAGCUCGGCCAAGAUAGACUGAGAACUAAAUCAUUCCUCUUACAGUUUCUUAUUUUCAAAGCCAUGGUCCAAGUGGAUUAAUAAAAGCGUUUUUAAAGAAAGAUUGGGAACUUUAUACAGGGUGAAUGAAGUUUAACAAUAAUAUAAGAAUGAGAGGAGCCCGAAACAAAGCGCCAGUGUCAGGAUUGGAAUCAAAAGCAUAAAUGUAAUGAGUCAGAAUGAUGGAAAUAACAGCAACAGCAAUUUUGGGCGGCAGCGGUAGAGUUGCUGCCUUACAGCGCCAGAGACCCUGGUUUGAUCCUGACUACGGGCGCUGUCUGUACGGAGUUU